AUGGCGAAGCAACCGAAAAAGCCACCAGACACUUCGUACAACCUUCUAAAUCCCAGUCACUUCAAUUUGUCUGCCCUUCUUCGUUCCGGUCAGUUUUAUCUGGAUGACUCGGGACUACUGGUGGCCCCAAACGGUACUCGAUAUCGCAUUCCAUCUGGGCCACCCGAAGGUCGCAAACCUCUCCGACCUGAUCGACCAAAAGACCUAGUGGUCAAACCGAAGCCCAAUCCUCUUUCUGACAUGAUUGAUCAACCUUUCUCGUUGGAGCAACAAGAUUCUGAUCGUCUGACACACAUGGAGCAGUCAUUCCAGCCCAAAGUGAUCACAAAUGCUACGCCAGCCAAAACACUUAUCAACAAAUCGGAUAAACUUGGUUUGUAUUCGCACACGGAAACAACAACUCUCGUGUCCCCGGUUGCCAUCACGGUCGACUGGGACGUUGUCCUACUCACUUUAAUAUUGUGUUCCAUUUCACUAGCUUGCAAUCUUGGCCUAGUCCUACUGUUAUCCCGGAAAAUUUGUCACAUCCGGAAGCAAUCGUCUAAAAUUGGUGUUUCAGUCGAUCCGGAUGGUAAACCAUUCGACAGCGGAUUUGCCCACCGUAACAGUCUGGUUGGCUUCGAUUUGCAACAAAAAGUCAAUCGUGAGGACAAAACACAGGCAGGAAAUUUAUGUUCCUACGUAGCUUACGAGCAUUGCAAAGAUCCGAUUCGAAAACCCGUGCAAACCUACUUCAUCGAUCCUCGGCUAGAUUCCGACAAAUUGCGUCAUCGUCAGCGAAUUCGACGAAGACAUAAAAGAUAUACAAAUCGACGUGGUCGGCUUCCAGCAAACCAUGCUAGCCACAUUCGUGGAAGACCUAACCCGGUAGAACUAGCAAUGAAUCGAUUGUCGGGAAGCCUGUACGACAGAACCGAACAGGGUUCAAGUUCUGGGAGCAGCUGGAAAGUUGUUGUCAGUGACGGAAUGAUAAGUGAAACAACCGGAGACGAAGGGGAAACAACAGAAGAUUCCGGAAACAAUUCUGAUGCAUUGGUCCAUCUCCGGCGCAGUUAUUGGAAGCGUGGUUACCGUACCAUGGGACCGAAUACAGUGUAUCCCACCAGAUCAUGCCGUACAGAAGCCAAGUUGGAUAUACAACGUCAGUUGGAAUCGGAGCAGCUUCCACCUCCGAGCCUAAAUUAUCGUCUGGAUACCAUACGAUCCACAGGAAACCUAUCAUCGAACAGCGAGGAUAGCAUCUCUACACUUUCCAACCCCAAAUUACCACAUAAAGUGUACUCUCAACUAUGUGCAAACACCGUAUAUGUGUCACACACAUUGGGCAUACACUACGCUUUGUUGGGUGUCUUGCUAUCACUUGUCCAACUCAUCACAGUGUGUUCGGCACUUAGUCGACGAAUGACUCAUUCGAUCGAUCAACCUGGGAGCUAUCUAACUGAAGUAACCUGUGUACUUGCCACUUCACUUGCAGCCGACACGGUGCUUUGUGCUAGGCAGUACCUCAUCGCGGCUAUAUUGGCCGUGUUCUGGACCACGUUUGCUUUAUCCCUGUUAAGCCGACUCCAACAAGCCAGUGGUAUGAAGAUACUUAUUUCCUCAUUGUGCACGUCUACCUCACUGAACAAAACAAACUAUACAGAUGGGAAAAUAGGAACAAGGAGUGGCGACCUAUACGGAACUACAGUGCAGGGUCAACAACAGCAACGGUAUGCCUACCUGGCUCUGGUGCACUCAUUGCCUUGGGCGGUGGCCGCCGGGACAGCUCUAGUUAUCACAUUUGCUCUCUAUACAAACAAUAACAAAAUCAAUGGCCAGUCUCCAAAUGACACGGAGAUGUUUCUUAAACUGAACAUAUUUUUUAGAGGUCUUGAAUCACUUCUGGUCUGUCACGUGAACCAUGAACAACAGUUGACACAGGUCGACUCAGAGAGUACAACAACCACGCUUGUUCGACAGACCACAACGAACUAUGUUAACCGAGAACAGGAGGAGCUGGUGGAAUCUUGGGUGCCAUUGUUUCUGUUAAUUCUAUUGCCAAUUUUGGCACAUAUUCUUAUUUGUUUGAUAUACUCAAUCUUUUUACGUGUUGUGGCGAGACGACGUAUAGACAACAAAGAGGCUGUACCACUGCCGUCCAUGGUGAAUGGAUCCGCCUGUGGUUCCCUGUGUGCAGUGUUCCUCCUCAUUUUCACUGAAUUUGUUAGCUGUGCCAUUCCUGUGAUUUGUUCCAUCAUAUUUGCACAUCCGCUAGCCCGCGGAAGAGAUUCGUCCAUCUAUGUGAAUCGAUUGAUUUUGCUGCACUUGUUGAUCGAUCCAUGGCUCAUUGCUUGUAUGAUGCGUUCUUUCAGUGGAACAGUGGUCGUCCGCGCCAGCUCGAUCGAGGGGACACAUCCACCUAAACAUUCAGUGUCACAAUACUCUGAUGUGGGUGUAGGACAUUCCUUCAGUACUGACAACACCCGCCCUAUUGCUUUAGGUUCGAACCCGAACCAAGAGGAUCACCAAAAGAAUCUUCUAUCCACAGAGGUUAGGAAAGUCUCCGAUGGGUUUGGGAAUUCACCCCUGAGACUGAUGGACUGCUUGCCUAUCAUGAAUCAAAACUUGCAGUUACAAAACAGUGAUAAGGGAGUGUGCAAGCUAACGCCACCUCGACCUGUGCUAAUGUCUUGCUUGCCCAAUGCGAGCCUACUUGUGUCUGCUGUUCCUAGGAUGGAAGCGCGUUCGGCCGGUGAUGAUGCAACCAACCCUGAGUACUUUUUGCCCAUCCAUACGUCUUCGAUACCCUACUCUACGGAUAUGUCUCAGCUCCGAAUGCCAAGCUCAAGUCUGCCACCUCAGCCGUUUGAAUCACAUCUAUCCAUUUGCCAGCCAUCGCUGGACGUUUCCGCUCAGAACUUCACACUCUCAACUGUUUGCACACAACGUCAGAAUUUGCAAGAAAUUUUUCCACAGCUCUGUCAACAUCACCAACAAUUGUUGGAUCAACAUUACAAGUCAAGACCACAACAGCCAGUGACAACAGUUUGUCACUUGAACAAAAACUUUGGUAACGUACCUCGGAUGAUGCAAACGAGUAUGCAGUUUUUAGAUUCAUUCAAAAUGAACCCGAUUUCAAAAACAACAGAAACGGACAUCUUGGCACCGGGGUGUGUCACAAAUCAUUCACAACAACUGUCCCCGGCUGACAAUUCGACCACAACCGAUGACUCCGUACAGCACCAAUUCUCAACCAUACAUCGUCAGUAUUCGGGAAAAAGUACAGCGACCGCUGCCGUAAUGGCGGCAGCCGCGGCCGCAGUCGCUGCUCAGGCUGGAACAAUCAAUCGUAGUAGUAUCACGGGUUCUAACAACAACCCACCACAAUCCAUGACCCCUGAAACAACCGAUGCUCAGCUCGACAGUAAACCAAUGAAUCUGGGUGUACCAGCAACACCAUUGGCUGGGGAAGUGAAGUGCAACGGUGACCCAACGUCUGGCCCACUAUCAGCUUAG